CAUGUUCCGGGCAUGGCAAUCGCCGUUGUCGACGGUGACAACACCUGGGCCAAAGUACUCACUACACCAACACCAUCCCCAACAAUGCACAAAGCAACCACAAAGCAACCUCUAACAACCUCUAACAACCCCAACUCCAGGGCUACGGGAUGGCCUCCCUCCCCUCCACCCCGGUAACGCCCACCACACUCUUCUACGCCGGCAGCACCACCAAAGCCUUCACGGCGGCCAUGAUGGCCAAACUAGUCGAAGACAACACCACCUACCCGCAAGUCCAAUGGGACACGCCCAUCAGCAGUCUCAUCCGGGACGACUUCGUUCUCUCCUCCGCAUACGCCACCGAACACACAACCAUCGAAGACGCCCUAUCGCAUCGCUCCGGACUCCCCCGCCACGACCAAGCCUACGGGGACAAUCUACCCCGAGACACCGCCGUACGGACGAUCGUCCGCACGUUGCGCCAUCUCCCACUCACAGCCGAACCACGCACCACAUUCCAGUACUGCAACCUGAUGUUCGUCGUCGCCACACACAUCAUCGAGACCCUCACUGGCGAAUGGCUGGGCGAUCUGCUCGCCCGUGAGAUCUGGACGCCCCUGGCUAUGGCAUCCACGUUCUUCGACCUGGAUGAUGCAAAGCGUGCGAAUGACCAUCUCGCGCGCGGAUACGCCUACUCGUCUACAGAGACCGAGAACUCCUACCGCGAGGUCCCCUGGAUGUCCGUCGCCGAAGUCUCCGGCGCCGGCGCCGUGAUCACGAAUGUCCUGGACUACGCUAAAUGGGCCCGGUCGUUAAUGACCCAGACCCAGACCCAGACCCAGACCGGCCCCUUAUCGCAGGACAUGCGUCGCGCGAUGUGGACCCCAAGGACUAUCAUGCCCUCUCAGGCCCCGUAUACGGGGCCGCGCGCGUAUGCCCUGGGCUGGUGGACGGGCGUGUAUCGGGGGGUAGAGUACUUCGAACAUACGGGGGGCGUGAAUGCCUUUGGGGCGGAGCUGAUCUUGAUCCCGACCCUGAAGUAUGCGGUGAUUGCGCUGGCGAAUACAGCCGCCGGGUCGAAUUAUGCCGAGCAGGCGUUGGCCUUUCAUCUAAUCGAUGAGAAGCUUGGAGUGCCGGUGGAGGAGAGGUUUGAUUGGAAUCAGAAGAAUAUGGCUUAUAUAGAAGCGGAGAAGAAGAAAGUCCAGGACGCCAUCGACUACAGGCCCCCUUCUCCAGUCCUGUCUCCGGCCCUACCGCUAGUAGAAUACACAGGGAGGUAUGUACACCCCGGCUACCAGAUUGUCGAGGUUUAUCUUGAUGCAUCCACGGGGACGCUGCGUGCGGACCGGGGCAGGGCCACCUGGCCGGAGUACCUGAGCUUUCAACAUAGGAAUGGGGAGCACUUCCUGAUAAUAGCUGAGCAUGAUGGGGAUCUUGGGGCGCUGUUUCCGGAGGUUUAUGCGGCGGAGUUUCGGAUCGGUGAGGAGGGUAAGCCGUGCGCGCUUGGGGUGGCGUGGGAGAAGGCGAUGAACGGGGAGAAGAUCUGGUUGAGGCGGGAGGAUUAGGCUCAUAGGUAGGUAGAUGAUAGGGCGGGUUGGAUUGGGCUGGAGUUACGAUACUUUGGACAGUUAUGGCGAUAGAUCAUACCAACAGUGUGACGUGAUUGGGCUAGGCUAGGCUUAAUGAAACAUCUACUACGUACUAAUA